AUGCACGUUCUCGUCGAACACAGAAUGACUGAACAGACGAUUCUCCAAGAAGUUUUAGUUCCACGUGAUUCUGGAUGCCUGAGGACAGCCAUAGUACAGAAUGAGUCAUCCUGCGCCAUACAAUAUGACCGCACCCUGCGCGCACCUGUGUUAGUUCUGAGGGGUGGUCUUUCGCAUGCGCGCGUAGAAAUACCCUGUGAGGGCUACAAAUUUUUGUUGAAAAAGUUUCCUCAGUUACUAAUAAUUCUACAAACGUACCUGAGCUCCUUUGACUCCUUUUCUUUGGAGGUGACGAUGCAUACCCGUACUUCUAUUCGCGUGGACCUCACCAUUGGGACACAAUUUAACAAGGCGAGUGUAGCAGAUCUAAACACUGGGGUUGUUGUUUUCAAAAUGCCGUUGAUUAUCCCUCGAAAUCGCUGGGUGCAGGUGGUCUUUCAUGUCUCUGGUAUCUUGACACACCUUUUUGAUCUACCACCCAUUCAAUCCCUGGACUCCAUAUCAUUAACUGGGACCUGCAAAACUUCGCGACUUAUGGUAUGCAAUGAUGAGGAGGAGGCUAUCAAUGCAGCACCCGGUGAUAUGGCCCUUUUUGCUGUCCCAGCAUACGCUCCACCUGUUUGGCAAACAGCCGCCGGUAUCGCAACCCCAGUUUUGACGAGUGUCAGGAGAACAACGAGCGGGGCAACCACUACUACUCUGAAAUCAGUCGGAAAUUAUCUGCCAGUCGUGGGGGAAGCAGGGAAUGAGAAGAGACGCAAUCCAUUUCGGCAACCAGAAGGCACAUUGAAGUCUAACCUGCAGUCACCACCGCCACCACCAAUUGAGCGGAAUUCACCAAAGUUGGAAGGUAUAUCCACGGUCAAGCCUCCGUCCCCAUGUGAACCAUUACAAGAUAAACAGGGUUCUGCGCUACAGCGUGGCUUUUUAGGUAACUUGACACUAUCGCUCUCGUCGCCAUCAAAAUCCUUACAGCUUCAGCAACAAAAGCAAAAACCACAGCCGCAGCUCGCAUCUUUAUCACCAAAGUCAAUACAAACGCAACAGAAUCAACAAAAUGCGGAGUCUCAUUCAAAAAAUAGAACUGUUUCAUACAUACGGUUAGUGAAUCCGACAAAUCGUCUGCCUCAACGAAAUAGCAAUGCAAUUAAUCGUAUCCGUCCAGGCGCUGUGACGCGAAGUGAAUUAUCUGCGAGUGGCUCUUUGACUCCAGCGUCAGCACCAGCAGCACCCACCCUUAGCAACACCGCAGACACGUGGUGCGGCAUCACAGGCUGGGAGGAAGCCAUAGACUUUAUGAGCGGUGCGAACGCCGCCUUGUUGUGCACCGCGGACUACGCUAUAAAAGGUUCAUUACAUUCCAUUCAAGGCUCAUUAGGUGAAAGAGGUGCAACAGGUGUGAAUAAUAAGAUACAGAAAGGUUCGGAAACGCAAAAUCUCAAGACGCAGCAAACCAAAAAAUCGAUGGAGUUGCGAAGGCGUCCUAUCUUUUUUCCUAGCAAGCGUCGAAAGGGAGUAGGAGGAGGAACAGAAUCUCAAAAUUUUGUGGAUGGCGACACUGGCAACGGCGUAACUCAUUCUAUAAGGCGACGAGGCCAUGUUUCGCGGAGAUCACGAAUACGCGAAAGAAUAAGAUUGUUAAAGGAAGCACAGUCAAGUGCGCGUCGCAUACACGAGAUGAAGAAGCUUACGGCAUCUGAGCUGCCCAUAGAUCCGUUGGAGGAGGCACAGAUGAUGGUAAACGAAGAAAUUGUGGAUGUCAUGAAUGAACCCCGCUGCGGCUACGGAUUUGGAUAUUUGGGUGUCCUGCGUGAACGCGGUGGUUUUGAGACAGAUGAGGGUGUGGACACCAAUCUGAAAGGCGCACUUACACUAGAUAUCUCAGAGCUGUCCGAGGACGAGGAGGAUGGAGAUGAUGAGAGGGAGUAA